AAACGUGCUCUGCUCCGGGGCAGGAAGCAGCGGCAAGGCGGUGGAACGCCGGGCACCUGCCAGGGGAGCCCGUGGUGUGAGCACCGUGCGCAGAGUCCUGGGAGCUGAGGAAGGAGUGCAGCAGGAGGAUGGAGAGCAAGCCAGCAGUGAAUGGCCAGGCUGUUCCUGGCUCUCCUGGGGAAGACGUGUCAGGCACAAACCACUUGUGCCAGGACGUGAUGCCGUGCAAGCAGCAAAAGGCAGCUGGCAGGGAUGCGGGGCCGGAUGCUCCCGGGGAGCCCUCGGAGACAGCUGGCAGCAUUGCAGGCGUCUAUGUAGAGGCUUCAAAGAGGAUAAUGAGCUUUUAUGAGGCCACCAGAGAGCAUCUGCUGAGCCUGGAUUCGGCCCUGUGCCUCCUGGAGGCGCAGGCAGCCACGGGCUCCAUCUCCGACCCGCUGGGGAGCCGUCGUGUGCCCGUGGCCGAAGCCGUGCGGAUGGGGCUGGUGGGGCUGGAGCUGAAGGAGAGGCUGCUCUCGGCUGACAGAGCUGCUACUGGCUUCCUGGACCCCUACACAGAAGAGAAAAUCUCCCUCUACCAGGCCAUCCAGAAGGAGCUGGUGGGGAGGGAGCAGGGCAUCCGCCUCCUCCAGGCCCAGGUGGCGACGGGAGGCGUCAUCGACCCGGCCACCGGCGGCCGGCUCCCGGCAGGUGUGGCCUGUGAGAGGGGGUAUCUGGAUGAGGAGAUGAGCCAGCUCACCUCUGACCCCGGCAAUGAGGACAGCAAGGUGUUCCUUGACCCCAGCACGAUGGAGAAGGUCACUUACUCGGAGCUGAGGAAGAGGUGUGUCAUGGAUCCGGCCUCAGGCUUCCUCCUCUUGCCGCUGCAAAUCACAUUCCCGGGGCUGCGAGGGAGGGUGAGCAGCAGGGACCUGAUGGACUCUGGCAUCAUCAGCUCUGACGUGUUCCGAGGCCUCGAGGAGGGAAGAGUUUCUGCCCAGGAGCUGGCAGAGAAUGACAUUGUUCAGCACUUCCUGCGUGGGACGAGGAGCGUGGCUGGUGUUGUCCUGCCUUCCGGAGAGCAGAAGAGCCUUUACCAGGCACUGAGGGAGCAUCUCCUGGUGCCCGGUGCUGCUCUCAUGCUCCUGCAAGUCCAGGCCUCCACCGGCAGCCUGACAGACCCCCUGAAGAACAAAAGCUACUCCGUGGAUGAGGCUGUCAGGGUUGGUCUCGUUGGCCCAGAGCUUUAUGAGAAGCUGUCUUCAGCUGAGAAAGCCAUCACUGGAUACAGGGACCCGUCCACCGGAGGAAUGCUCUCCCUGUUCCAAGCCAUCAGGAAGGGCUUUGUUCCCAGGGAUCAUGGCCUUUGCCUCCUGGAGGCUCAGCUGGCCACGGGGGGUGUCAUCGCCCCAGGCAGGCACCUCCGUGUCCCCAUGGAGACAGCCUGCGAGUGGGGGUACCUGGACGAGGCCACCAGGCAGCUCCUGUCCAGCCCUCCUGAUGACAUGAAGGGGUUCUUCGACCCCGGCUCCAAGGAGAAGCUGAGCUAUGCAGAGCUGCUCCAGCGCUGCGUCACCGACCCCAGCACGGGGCUCCUGCUGCUGCCGCUCCCUGGGGACGGCAGCGAAGGGUCCCAGGGGACACUCAGCUUCUUUGACCACAGGACCCAGACCGCUCUGGAAAACAUUGAGGUGCCCGUCUCUGUGGGGAAAUUCAAGGGCAAGUCGGUGUCUCUGUGGAAGCUGCUCUUCUCUGACUCCAUCCAGGGUGAGCAAAGAGCCGCGCUGGCUCAGCAGUUCCUGGCCGGAAUGCUCUCCCUGCAAGGGCUGGGAGAGGCCGUCAGAGCCGCCGUUGAGGAACAGGCUGCCACUGCCAACGUCACCUUCAAGGGCCUGAGGGAGCAGGUGACAGCUGACCAGCUCCUGAACUCAGAAAUCAUCAACAAAGACUUGUUCAAGAAACUCAAGGAGGGAGAAACGUCGGCCAAAGAGGUGGUCGGCAUGGACACCGUCAGGAAGUACCUGCAGGGCACGGGAAGCAUCGGGGGGCUGCUGCUCCCCGAUUCCCAGGAGAAGAUCAGCAUCUACCAGGCAAAGCGGAAGGGACUCCUCAGGCCGGGAACGUCUCUGAUUCUCCUGGAGGCACAGGCUGCCACGGGGUUCGUCAUCGACCCCGCUGCCAACAAGAGGUACUCCGUGGACGAGGCUUUACGAGCAAACGUCAUCGGCCCGGACGUGUACGACAAGCUGCUGGCGGCGGAGAAAUCUGUCACUGGCUACCGAGAUCCUUACUCAGGGGGUAAGAUCUCCCUCUUCCAGGCCAUGCAGAAGGAGCUGAUCGUCAGGGACCACGGCAUCCGCCUGCUGGAGGCCCAGAUCGCCACCGGUGGCAUCAUCGACCCCGUCAACAGCCACCGCAUCCCCGUGGAGGUGGCCUACAAGCGUGGCUACUUCGACAAGAAGAUGAAUUUAAUCCUCUCCGACCCCAGCGAUGACACCAAGGGCUUCUUCGACCCCAACACCCACGAGAACCUGACCUACCUGCAGCUGAAGGAGAAAUGCAUCACCGAGCCCUCCACGGGGCUCUGCCUCCUCCCUCUGAACAGCAGGAAGAGGCAGUUCGUGGACGAGGCCACCAGGCAGGUGUUCAGGAGCUCCUGGCUGCCCGUCAGGUUCGGGCGCUUACGGGGGGAGAAGGUCUCCGUGUGGGACCUGCUGAACUCCGAGUACUUCAGCGAGGGGAGGCGCCGGGAGAUUUUCAACCACUUCCAGCUGAGGAAGAUCGGCCUGGAGCAAAUCCGGCUCAUGCUGGAGGAGGAGAUGAAGAAAUGGGCCCCCAUCAAGUUCCCGGCCAUGAGAGGCAAUGUCAGCGCUUAUCACCUGAUGGAAACCGGUGUCAUCGACAGGGCCCUGUUUGAGCAGGUGCUGGAGGGGUCCGUCACCCCAGAACAAGUCCUGCACAUGGACUCUGUCAGGAAGUACCUCUACGGCUCGGGCAGCAUCGGGGGGAUUGUGCUCCAGCCAUCCAACCAGAGAAUGAGCAUUUACGAGGCCAUGAAGCAGAACAUCGUGGUGCCAGGAGUGGCCCUGCCCCUGCUGGAGGCCCAGGCUGCCACGGGCUUCAUUAUUGACCCCGUGAACAACCAGAAGCUCUGCGUGGAUGAGGCCGUCAAGGAGGGAGUCAUCGGGCCAGAUGUCCACGAGAAGCUGCAGCAGGCGGAAGGGGCCGUGACGGGCUAUAAAGACCCUUUCACGGGCAAGAAGAUCCCCCUUUUCCAGGCGAUGAAGAAGGGCCUGAUCGCGGACAAGCAGGCCAUGCAGCUGAUGGAGGUGCAGAUGGCCACAGGAGGCAUCAUCGACCCAACGUGCGGCCACCACAUCCCCCUGGAGUCGGCCCAGCAGCGAGGCUGCCUGGAUGAGGACACCAGCAAGGCCCUCUCCAAGCCCAGCGAUGACCACAGAGUGUUCUGCCUCCCGGACAGCAAAGAGAGCGUGACCUACGCCGAGCUCAUCCAGCACUGCCAGAAGGACGACGUCUCUGGCUUCCACUUGCUGCCUCUGGCACAGACAGCUGCUCCUGCCUACACCGAUGAGCAAAUCCAACAGAUUUUCAAGGAAACCUUGGUGAAGGAAAAAGGAGUCUCCCUCUGGGAGCUCAUGCACUCGGGGUAUUUCACUGAGGAGCAGAGGAGUGACUUCGUGGAGAGGUUCCGCUCAGAGGAGCUGUCGCUGGAGCAGCUGGUGGCUCUGGUGCUCAGGCUGGUGGGGGAGAUGGAGAUGAAAGCCAAGACCCAGAUCUCCCUGGAAGGCCUGAGGGGCAGUGUCCCUGUGGUCUGGCUGCUGGACACGGGCAUCAUUUCCCAGAAGACGUUUGAAGAACUGGCUCAGGGUGUAAGAACUCCCCAAGAAGUGGCUGCAAUGGAGAGCGUAAAGAGGUACUUGAAGGGCACAGGCAGCAUUGCUGGGGUCUUCAUAGAGGCAUCCAAACAGAAGAUGAGCUUCUAUGAUGCCAUGAAAAACAACCUCCUCCUCCCUGGGACUGCUCUGAGGCUGCUCGAGGCUCAGGCAGCCACAGGGUACCUGACUGACCCUGCCACAAACCAGAGGCUCAGCGUGAGGGACGCCGUGAGGGCGGCUGUUGUUGGAGAGGAGCUGUCUGAGAAACUCCUUCUGGCUGAGAGGGCUGUGACAGGCUACACAGACCCCUACACCGGGGGCUCCAUCUCCCUGUGCCAAGCGCUCAGGAAGGAGCUCAUCCCCCUGGCAGAGGCUGUGCCCUUGCUGGAGGCCCAGCUGGCCACGGGAGGGGUGGUUGAUCCCAUCCACCACCUCCACCUGCCUCUCCAGGCUGCCUGCAGGUACGGCUUCUAUGACGAGGACCUGAAGCAAACCCUCUCUCAGCUGGAUGACAGCACCAAGACCUUUUUUGACCCAAACACCAAGGAGAACGUGACUUACCAGCAGCUGAAGGACCGGUGCAUUUGCGAGGCCGAGUCGGGUCUGUGGCUCCUCCCUCUGUCAGAAAACGCGAUGUUCUGCGUGGACGAACAGACCAUGAAGGUGCUGAAAUCUGUGACUGUUUGUGUCAAUGUGGGGCGGUUCAAAGGACAGACCGUGUCUGUCUGGGACCUCCUCAACUCUGAAUACUUCUCAGACAGCCAGAGAAGAGAGCUGGUGCAAAAGUACAAAGAUGAGAAGGCUGAAGUGCUGCAGGAAAUCACAACAAUUAUCACCACAAUCAUCCAAGAGACUGAGGCACAGGGCAAGAAGUUUGCCUUCAAGGGCCUGAGGAAAAGAGUUUCUGCCAGUGACCUCUUCCAGUCCCAGCUGAUCGACAAAAAAACCCUCGAUGAGCUCAACCAGGGGAAGAAAACAGUCGAAGAAGUGACUGAGAUGGAGUCUGUGCGCAGGUACCUGGAGGGCAGUAAUUUCAUAGCAGGGGUCCUUAUCCAGCCAAGCAAUGAGAAGAUGAGCAUCUACAAGGCCAUGUGGAAGGGCAUCCUGAGGCCAGGGACCGCCCUGGUGCUGCUGGAGGCACAGGCAGCCACCGGCUACAUCAUCGACCCUGAGAAAAACAAGAAGUUUUCGGUGGAGGAAGCGUUAGAGGUGGGUCUGAUUGGAGGGGAGAUUUUUGAAAAGCUGCUCUGUGCAGAGAGAGCCGUGACGGGCUACACUGACCCCUACACCAAAGCCCCAAUGUCCCUGUUUGAAGCCAUGAACCAAGGGCUGAUUGUGAAGAGCCACGGCAUCCGCCUGCUGGAGGCCCAGAUCGCCACGGGCGGCAUCAUCGACCCCGUGCACAGCCACCGUGUCCCCGUGGAGGUGGCCUACAAGCGUGGCUACUUCAACCAGGAGAUGAACCAGAUCCUCUCGGACCCCAGUGAUGACACCAAGGGCUUCUUCGACCCCAACACCCACGAGAACCUGACCUAUAUGCAGCUCCUGGAGAGAUGUGUCCAAGACCCGGACACGGGGCUGUACAUGCUGCAGGUUGUAAAGGAGGGAGGAAAGUACUUCUACAUUGAUGAGUCCACAAAGCAGGCUUUGCGCUCAAAGCUCCUUCAAGUGAAAGUUGGAAAGUUUAAGGACCAAACCGUUUCUGUCUGGGAAGUCCUCUGCUCUCACUACAUCUCAGAGCAGAAAAGAAAAGAGCUGGUGAUGCAGUACAAAAGCAAAAACCUAGCACUGGAAGAGCUGAUAUCCCUCAUUUUAAAAAUCAUCGAGGACACAGAGCGAAGAGGAGAAGCCCUCAAGGUCAGAGGACUGCGGGGCGAGGUGUCGGUAUCAGAAUUGUUCAACUCUGAGAUAAUUGACAAGAAAACUCUGGAUCAGCUGCAGGACGGGAGCCUCCCACUUGUCAGCCUCACAAAGAGGGACACCAUCCAAAGGUACCUGGACGGCACUGGGUGCAUCGCUGGGGUUCUCCUCCCGCUGAGGAAAGAGGUGAUGAGCAUCUACCAGGCGCUGAAGAAAGGCCUCCUCACUGAGCAAUGUGCCCUGGGGCUGCUGGAGGCACAGGCGGCCACCGGCUUCCUCCUUGACCCCCGGAACCACCAGAAGCUCUCUGUGGACGAGGCCGUGUCCUCCGGGCUGGUAGGCAGCGAGCUGCACGAGCAGCUGCUGUCAGCAGAGAAAGCCGUGACGGGAUACAUAGACCCUCAAACAGGAAGAAAAAUAUCUCUCUUCCAGGCUGUGAGACAGAAGGUAAUAGUCAGGGAUCACGGCAUCCGCCUGCUCGAGGCCCAGCUCGCCACUGGUGGCAUCGUUGACCCCUGGCAUGGCCACCGCCUGCCCCUGGAGGUGGCCUACAAGCGCGGGCACCUGGACGAGGACAUGUUCCUGCUGCUUUCGGAUCCAGAUCACGGCAGCAAAGGCUUUAUAGAUCCAAAUACUCAUGAGAAGAUCAGUUACAGCCAGCUCCUGCAGCGGUGUGCCAAAGACAGGGAGAGCGGCUUGUACCUGCUGCAGGUCCUGGAAAAGGAAGGCGACUAUUUCUACAUUGAUGAGCAAACCAAAAACGCCCUGUUGUGCACAAAGGUCCAGGUGCCUGUGGGGAAAUACAAGGGACAGGUGUUAUCGCUGUGGGAGCUUCUCUGCUCCGAGUACAUCACAGAGGAGAAGAGAAAAGAACUGGUGAAAAAGUACAAAGCGGAAUCCCAACACAUUGUGCAAGGAAUCAUUGAGACAAUACUGAAGAUCAUCAGGGAAAAAGAAGAGGACAGAAGCGAUGUCUGGUUCCAGGGAAUCCGACAGCAAAUUACAGCAUCAGAACUACUCAGUGCGCAAAUAAUUACAGAGGAAACAAUAGAAAAACUCCAUGAAGGAAAAGAGACGGCACAAGAAAUAGCAAAAAUGGAGAGUGUGAGGAGGUACCUUGAGGGAACUGGAAGCAUUGCUGGUGUGCUGGUGCCCUCCAAGGCCAAGCCGGGCAAGAUGGAGAAGAUGAGCAUCUACCAGGCCAUGUGGAAGGGCAUCCUGAGGCAGGGCACGGCCCUGGUGCUGCUGGAGGCCCAGGCGGCCACGGGUUUCAUCACUGAUCCAGUGAAGAACCAGAAGCUCUCUGUGGACGAGGCUGUGUCCUCUGGGCUGGUGGGCAGUGAACUGAAAAACAAACUUCUAAGUGCCGAGAGAGCUGUGACGGGCUACACCCACCCGUACACCGGACAAAAAAUGUCCCUGUUCCAGGCCAUGAAACAGGAUCUCAUCGUCAGGGACCACGGCAUCCGCCUGCUGGAGGCCCAGAUCGCCACGGGCGGCAUCAUCGACCCCGUGCACAGCCACCGCCUGCCCGUGGAGGUGGCCUACAAGCGUGGCUACUUUGACCAGGAGAUGAGCCAGAUCCUCUCAGACCCUGGCGAUGACACCAAGGGCUUCUUCGACCCCAACACCCACGAGAACCUGACCUACCUGCAGCUGCUGCGCCGCUGCGUGCCCGACCCGGACACGGGGCUGCUGAUGCUGCAGCUGAUGGACAAGGGCUCCGUGCUCUACCAGCUGAGCGAGGAUGCCCGCAAAGCCCUGCAGACCGCCCGCACCUCGCUGGCUGUGGGGCUCUUCCAGGGCCAGAGCGUCACCGUCUGGGAGCUCCUCUUCUCCCGCUACGUCCCUGAGCACCGGCGCCAGGACCUCCUGCGCCGGUACAAGGCAGGGACAGUCACCGUUGCACAGAUGAUCGACAUCCUCGUGGACAUCAUCGCCAGGGCUGAAGCCCAAGGCAACGGUGCCAACGGAGUCCCCAAGGCCACAGAAAAGGAGGUCCUGCCUGAACCAACCCAGAACGGCAGUGCCUCAAACUCUCAGAAGGAACAGGAAGAGAAAAAGGAACGGGAGCAGGAGCUGGAGCUGGAGCGGUCCCUCAAGUCCCACACGGUCGAGGUCUCGGCAGGUGGCUUCCACGGCAGGAAGGUGUCCCUGUGGGAGCUGCUCUUCUCCAAGUUUGUGUCAGAGGCCAAGCGUCAGGAGCUGCUGGGGCGGCUGCGGGCCGGGAGCCUGGCGCUGGCCGAGCUGGCCACGCUGCUCACCCUGCUGGUGGAGGAGGCGGCGCAGCGCAGCAGCAGCGUGAAAUUCACGGGCCUCAGGAGGCAGGUGAGCGCCUCGGACCUGCUGGACUCGGGCAUCAUCGACACGGGCACGCUGGCCGACCUGGUGCAGGGCGCCAGGACGGUGCAGGAGGUGACGCAGAUGGCCUCGGUCAAGCGCUACCUGGACGGCACGGGCGUCAUCGCCGGCGUGCUGGUGCCCUCCAAGGCCGAGCCAAGCAAGAUGGAGAAGAUGAGCAUCUACCAGGCCAUGUGGAAGGGCAUCCUGAGGCAGGGCACGGCCCUGGUGCUGCUGGAGGCCCAGGCGGCCACGGGCUUCCUGGUGGACCCGGUCAAGAACCAGAAGCUCUCUGUGGACGAGGCCGUGUCCUCUGGGCUGGUGGGCAGCGAGCUGCACGAGAAGCUGCUGUCGGCCGAGCGGGCCGUGACGGGCUACUCGGACCCCUACACGGGCGACAAGAUCUCCCUGUUCCAGGCCAUGAAGAAGGAGCUGAUCGUCAGGGACCACGGCAUCCGCCUGCUGGAGGCCCAGAUCGCCACGGGCGGCAUCAUCGACCCCGUGCACAGCCACCGUGUCCCUGUCGAGGUGGCCUACAAGCGUGGCUACUUUGACCAGGAGAUGAGCCAGAUCCUCUCAGACCCUGGCGACGACACCAAGGGCUUCUUCGACCCCAACACCCACGAGAACCUGACCUACCUGCAGCUGCUGCGCCGCUGCGUGCCCGACCCGGACACGGGGCUGCUGAUGCUGCAGCUGAUGGACAAGGGCUCCGUGCUCUACCAGCUGAGCGAGGAUGCCCGCAAAGCCCUGCAGGCCACCCGCACCUCGCUGGCUGUGGGGCUCUUCCAGGGCCAGAGCGUCACCGUCUGGGAGCUCCUCUUCUCCCGCUACGUCCCUGAGCACCGGCGCCAGGACCUCCUGCGUCGGUACAAGGCAGGGACAGUCACCGUUGCACAGAUGAUCGACAUCCUCGUGGACAUCAUUGAAAGAGCUGAGGCCCAGGGCCACGGUGCCAACGGAGUCCCCAAGGCCACAGAAAAGGAGGUCCUGCCUGAACCAACCCAGAACGGCAGUGCCUCAGACUCGCAGAAGGAAGAGGAAGAGAAAAAGGAACGGGAGCAGGAGCUGGAGCUGGAGCGGUCCCUCAAGUCCCACACGGUCGAGGUCUCGGCAGGUGGCUUCCACGGCAGGAAGGUGUCCCUGUGGGAGCUGCUCUUCUCCAAGUUUGUGUCAGAGGCCAAGCGUCAGGAGCUGCUGGGGCGGCUGCGGGCCGGGAGCCUGGCGCUGGCCGAGCUGGCCACGCUGCUCACCCUGCUGGUGGAGGAGGCGGCGCAGCGCAGCAGCAGCGUGAAAUUCACGGGCCUCAGGAGGCAGGUGAGCGCCUCGGACCUGCUGGACUCGGGCAUCAUCGACACGGGCACGCUGGCCGACCUGGUGCAGGGCGCCAGGACGGUGCAGGAGGUGACGCAGAUGGCCUCGGUCAAGCGCUACCUGGACGGCACGGGCAUCAUCGCCGGCGUGCUGGUGCCCUCCAAGGCCGAGCCAAGCAAGAUGGAGAAGAUGAGCAUCUACCAGGCCAUGUGGAAGGGCAUCCUGAGGCAGGGCACGGCCCUGGUGCUGCUGGAGGCCCAGGCGGCCACGGGCUUCCUGGUGGACCCGGUCAAGAACCAGAAGCUCUCAGUGGACGAGGCUGUGUCCUCUGGGCUGGUGGGCAGCGAGCUGCACGAGAAGCUGCUGUCGGCCGAGCGGGCCGUGACGGGCUACUCGGACCCCUACACGGGCGACAAGAUCUCCCUGUUCCAGGCCAUGAAGAAGGAGCUGAUCGUCAGGGACCACGGCAUCCGCCUGCUGGAGGCCCAGAUCGCCACGGGCGGCAUCAUCGACCCCGUGCACAGCCACCGUGUCCCUGUCGAGGUGGCCUACAAGCGUGGCUACUUUGACCAGGAGAUGAGCCAGAUCCUCUCAGACCCUGGUGACGACACCAAGGGCUUCUUCGACCCCAACACCCACGAGAACCUGACCUACCUGCAGCUGCUGCGCCGCUGCGUGCCCGACCCGGACACGGGGCUGCUGAUGCUGCAGCUGAUGGACAAGGGCUCCGUGCUCUACCAGCUGAGCGAGGAUGCCCGCAAAGCCCUGCAGGCCACCCGCACCUCGCUGGCUGUGGGGCUCUUCCAGGGCCAGAGCGUCACCGUCUGGGAGCUCCUCUUCUCCCGCUACGUCCCUGAGCACCGGCGCCAGGACCUCCUGCGCCGGUACAAGGCGGGGACAGUCACCGUUGCACAGAUGAUCGACAUCCUCGUGGACAUCGUUGAAAGAGCUGAGGCCCAGGGCCACGGUGCCAACGGAGUCCCCAAGUCCACAGAAAAGGAGGUCCUGCCUGAACCAACCCAGAACGGCAGUGCCUCAGACUCCCAGAAGGAACAGGAAGAGAAAAAGGAACGGGAGCAGGAGCUGGAGCUGGAGCGGUCCCUCAAGUCCCACACGGUCGAGGUCUCGGCAGGUGGCUUCCACGGCAGGAAGGUGUCCCUGUGGGAGCUGCUCUUCUCCAAGUUUGUGUCACAGGCCAAGCGUCAGGAGCUGCUGGGGCGGCUGCGGGCCGGGAGCCUGGCGCUGGCCGAGCUGGCCACGCUGCUCACCCUGCUGGUGGAGGAGGCGGCGCAGCGCAGCAGCAGCGUGAAAUUCACGGGCCUCAGGAGGCAGGUGAGCGCCUCGGACCUGCUGGACUCGGGCAUCAUCGACACGGGCACGCUGGCCGACCUGGUGCAGGGCGCCAGGACGGUGCAGGAGGUGAGGCAGAUGGCCUCGGUCAAGCGCUACCUGGACGGCACGGGCGUCAUCGCCGGCGUGCUGGUGCCCUCCAAGGCCGAGCCAAGCAAGAUGGAGAAGAUGAGCAUCUACCAGGCCAUGUGGAAGGGCAUCCUGAGGCAGGGCACGGCCCUGGUGCUGCUGGAGGCCCAGGCGGCCACGGGCUUCCUGGUGGACCCGGUCAAGAACCAGAAGCUCUCUGUGGACGAGGCUGUGUCCUCUGGGCUGGUGGGCAGCGAGCUGCACGAGAAGCUGCUGUCGGCCGAGCGGGCCGUGACGGGCUACUCGGACCCCUACACGGGCGACAAGAUCUCCCUGUUCCAGGCCAUGAAGAAGGAGCUGAUCGUCAGGGACCACGGCAUCCGCCUGCUGGAGGCCCAGAUCGCCACGGGCGGCAUCAUCGACCCCGUGCACAGCCACCGUGUCCCUGUGGAGGUGGCCUACAAGCGUGGCUACUUUGACCAGGAGAUGAGCCAGAUCCUCUCAGACCCUGGUGACGACACCAAGGGCUUCUUCGACCCCAACACCCACGAGAACCUGACCUACCUGCAGCUGCUGCGCCGCUGCGUGCCCGACCCGGACACGGGGCUGCUGAUGCUGCAGCUGAUGGACAAGGGCUCCGUGCUCUACCAGCUGAGCGAGGAUGCCCGCAAAGCCCUGCAGGCCACCCGCACCUCGCUGGCUGUGGGGCUCUUCCAGGGCCAGAGCGUCACCGUCUGGGAGCUCCUCUUCUCCCGCUACGUCCCUGAGCACCGGCGCCAGGACCUCCUGCGCCGGUACAAGGCGGGGACAGUCACCGUUGCACAGAUGAUCGACAUCCUCGUGGACAUCGUUGAAAGAGCUGAGGCCCAGGGCCACGGUGCCAAGGGAGUCCCCAAGGCCACAGAAAAGGAGGUCCUGCCUGAACCAACCCAGAACGGCAGUGCCUCAGACUCCCAGAAGGAACAGGAAGAGAAAAAGGAACGGGAGCAGGAGCUGGAGCUGGAGCGGUCCCUCAAGUCCCACACGGUCGAGGUCUCGGCAGGUGGCUUCCACGGCAGGAAGGUGUCCCUGUGGGAGCUGCUCUUCUCCAAGUUUGUGUCACAGGCCAAGCGUCAGGAGCUGCUGGGGCGGCUGCGGGCCGGGAGCCUGGCGCUGGCCGAGCUGGCCACGCUGCUCACCCUGCUGGUGGAGGAGGCGGCGCAGCGCAGCAGCAGCGUGAAAUUCACGGGCCUCAGGAGGCAGGUGAGCGCCUCGGACCUGCUGGACUCGGGCAUCAUCGACACGGGCACGCUGGCCGACCUGGUGCAGGGCGCCAGGACGGUGCAGGAGGUGAGGCAGAUGGCCUCGGUCAAGCGCUACCUGGACGGCACGGGCGUCAUCGCCGGCGUGCUGGUGCCCUCCAAGGCCGAGCCAAGCAAGAUGGAGAAGAUGAGCAUCUACCAGGCCAUGUGGAAGGGCAUCCUGAGGCAGGGCACGGCCCUGGUGCUGCUGGAGGCCCAGGCGGCCACGGGCUUCCUGGUGGACCCGGUCAAGAACCAGAAGCUCUCUGUGGACGAGGCUGUGUCCUCUGGGCUGGUGGGCAGCGAGCUGCACGAGAAGCUGCUGUCGGCCGAGCGGGCCGUGACGGGCUACUCGGACCCCUACACGGGCGACAAGAUCUCCCUGUUCCAGGCCAUGAAGAAGGAGCUGAUCGUCAGGGACCACGGCAUCCGCCUGCUGGAGGCCCAGAUCGCCACGGGCGGCAUCAUCGACCCCGUGCACAGCCACCGUGUCCCUGUGGAGGUGGCCUACAAGCGUGGCUACUUUGACCAGGAGAUGAGCCAGAUCCUCUCAGACCCUGGCGACGACACCAAGGGCUUCUUCGACCCCAACACCCACGAGAACCUGACCUACCUGCAGCUGCUGCGCCGCUGCGUGCCCGACCCGGACACGGGGCUGCUGAUGCUGCAGCUGAUGGACAAGGGCUCCGUGCUCUACCAGCUGAGCGAGGAUGCCCGCAAAGCCCUGCAGGCCACCCGCACCUCGCUGGCUGUGGGGCUCUUCCAGGGCCAGAGCGUCACCGUCUGGGAGCUCCUCUUCUCCCGCUACGUCCCUGAGCACCGGCGCCAGGACCUCCUGCGCCGGUACAAGGCGGGGACAGUCACCGUUGCACAGAUGAUCGACAUCCUCGUGGACAUCGUUGAAAGAGCUGAGGCCCAGGGCCACGGUGCCAAGGGAGUCCCCAAGGCCACAGAAAAGGAGGUCCUGCCUGAACCAACCCAGAACGGCAGUGCCUCAGACUCCCAGAAGGAACAGGAAGAGAAAAAGGAACGGGAGCAGGAGCUGGAGCUGGAGCGGUCCCUCAAGUCCCACACGGUCGAGGUCUCGGCAGGUGGCUUCCACGGCAGGAAGGUGUCCCUGUGGGAGCUGCUCUUCUCCAAGUUUGUGUCACAGGCCAAGCGUCAGGAGCUGCUGGGGCGGCUGCGGGCCGGGAGCCUGGCGCUGGCCGAGCUGGCCACGCUGCUCACCCUGCUGGUGGAGGAGGCGGCGCAGCGCAGCAGCAGCGUGAAAUUCACGGGCCUCAGGAGGCAGGUGAGCGCCUCGGACCUGCUGGACUCGGGCAUCAUCGACACGGGCACGCUGGCCGACCUGGUGCAGGGCGCCAGGACGGUGCAGGAGGUGACGCAGAUGGCCUCGGUCAAGCGCUACCUGGACGGCACGGGCGUCAUCGCCGGCGUGCUGGUGCCCUCCAAGGCCGAGCCAAGCAAGAUGGAGAAGAUGAGCAUCUACCAGGCCAUGUGGAAGGGCAUCCUGAGGCAGGGCACGGCCCUGGUGCUGCUGGAGGCCCAGGCGGCCACGGGCUUCCUGGUGGACCCGGUCAAGAACCAGAAGCUCUCUGUGGACGAGGCUGUGUCCUCUGGGCUGGUGGGCAGCGAGCUGCACGAGAAGCUGCUGUCGGCCGAGCGGGCCGUGACGGGCUACUCGGACCCCUACACGGGCGACAAGAUCUCCCUGUUCCAGGCCAUGAAGAAGGAGCUGAUCGUCAGGGACCACGGCAUCCGCCUGCUGGAGGCCCAGAUCGCCACGGGCGGCAUCAUCGACCCUGUGCACAGCCACCGCCUGCCCGUGGAGGUGGCCUACAAGCGUGGCUACUUUGACCAGGAGAUGAACCAGAUCCUCUCAGACCCUGGCGAUGACACCAAGGGCUUCUUCGACCCCAACACCCACGAGAACCUGACCUACCUGCAGCUGCUGCGCCGCUGCGUGCCCGACCCGGACACGGGGCUGCUCAUGCUGCAGCUGAUGGACAAGGGCUCCGUGCUCUACCAGCUGAGCGAGGAUGCCCGCAAAGCCCUGCAGGCCACCCGCACCUCGCUGGCUGUGGGGCUCUUCCAGGGCCAGAGCGUCACCGUCUGGGAGCUCCUCUUCUCCCGCUACGUCCCUGAGCACCGGCGCCAGGACCUCCUGCGCCGGUACAAGGCGGGGACAGUCACCGUUGCACAGAUGAUCGACAUCCUCGUGGACAUCGUUGAAAGAGCUGAGGCCCAGGGCCACGGUGCCAACGGAGUCCCCAAGUCCCCAGAAAAGGAGGUCCUGCCUGAACCAACCCAGAACGGCAGUGCCUCAAACUCCCAGAAGGAACAGGAACAGAAAAAGGAACGGGAGCAGGAGCUGGAGCUGGAGCGGUCCCUCAAGUCCCACACGGUCGAGGUCUCGGCAGGUGGCUUCCACGGCAGGAAGGUGUCCCUGUGGGAGCUGCUCUUCUCCAAGUUUGUGUCAGAGGCCAAGCGUCAGGAGCUGCUGGGGCGGCUGCAGGCCGGGAGCCUGGCGCUGGCCGAGCUGGCCACGCUGCUCACCCUGCUGGUGGAGGAGGCGGCGCAGCGCAGCAGCAGCGUGAAAUUCACGGGCCUCAGGAGGCAGGUGAGCGCCUCGGACCUGCUGGACUCGGGCAUCAUCGACACGGGCACGCUGGCCGACCUGGUGCAGGGCGCCAGGACGGUGCAGGAGGUGAGGCAGAUGGCCUCGGUCAAGCGCUACCUGGACGGCACGGGCGUCAUCGCCGGCGUGCUGGUGCCCUCCAAGGCCGAGCCAAGCAAGAUGGAGAAGAUGAGCAUCUACCAGGCCAUGUGGAAGGGCAUCCUGAGGCAGGGCACGGCCCUGGUGCUGCUGGAGGCCCAGGCGGCCACGGGCUUCCUGGUGGACCCGGUCAAGAACCAGAAGCUCUCAGUGGACGAGGCUGUGUCCUCUGGGCUGGUGGGCAGCGAGCUGCAGGAGAAGCUGCUGUCGGCCGAGCGGGCCGUGACGGGCUACUCGGACCCCUACACGGGCGACAAGAUCUCCCUGUUCCAGGCCAUGAAGAAGGAGCUGAUCGUCAGGGACCACGGCAUCCGCCUGCUGGAGGCCCAGAUCGCCACGGGCGGCAUCAUCGACCCCGUGCACAGCCACCGUGUCCCCGUCGAGGUGGCCUACAAGCGUGGCUACUUUGACCAGGAGAUGAGCCAGAUCCUCUCAGACCCUGGUGACGACACCAAGGGCUUCUUCGACCCCAACACCCACGAGAACCUGACCUACCUGCAGCUGCUGCGCCGCUGCGUGCCCGACCCGGACACGGGGCUUUAUUUCCUCAAUAUUUCUGGAAAAUAAUUGCAAAACCUUUUUAUUUUUUUCCUUAUUUUUGCCUUGGGGAAGAAUGUUGCUAUUGUGAAUAAUUCUUUUGCUGCUGGUGUUUGUCUUUCUUUUUCUUAAUAUGUUUUUACCAUUUAUGAUCCCAGUGAGGAAAUUUCCUUCCUGAUCUCUUUUCUUUACCACCACCCACCCACAUCAGGUGCACCUUUGAAGUGCCUCCCCCUGAGCAGUGUGUUGCAUUGCAUUGUUCAUCUUUCUUUGGUUGCCUUUCAGGAACUCUGGAGGCAGCCUGGGUUAUCUCAGGUCAUUUUGUUGAUGUGUGUCAUCCUCAUUUUCCUCGCACUGGUUUAACUGCAGGUCUUUGUUCCCUAUGGGUGCUGCUGUGAGUGGUAUUUUUAUUCUCUGCCUCUCUUUUCCUGCAUAUGCCAGCUAUUUUCCCCAGAAGCUUUGCAGGAUGACAUUCAGGCUGCAGGUUUUCAAGCCAGGACAGCGCGGAGAGCAGAUUUCUGCGUGGGCAGGAUGCCAGGUUUGCGUUGGGUGUCACUGGCGUGGGACACCUCAUGUGUUUGCUCUCCAUGCCCCAGCCUGUCCUGCCUUCCGGGGGUGUCUGGAGCACAAACAGCCUCAGCCCAGCGUGGUUUGGUCUCUCACUGUGCUUUCCCUCCCUCUGUGGGGAUGGGUCCUCACAGGAGCUGGGUGUGGACGUGGCUGUGCUGUACUUUCAGUCUGUCCAUGCCCGGUGGAGCCUCUGUUCCCUCCUGCUCCUUUUGCCCUCCUGUGUCCCGAGCUGACUCAGCCGCAUGCCACAGCAGAGGAACAGCCCUGGAGCCACUCUUCCGUGCAGUUCAGGGAUGAAUAAUUCUACUGCUGUUUAAUGGAAACAAACUUACCCUCCUCAAAUGUGCAGCCUUGGGGUGUUUGCCUUAAUUAACCGGGUAAUGUCCUGGAAAAUGGACUUUUGGCCACAAGCUUGUACAGCUGAUACCUGGGAACAAGCGUAGAGGAGCUGUGGGGCCCAGGGAAUUGCAGGAGCUCAGAAAAGGAGGGGAAAAAUUAAUGGGAGAAAAGUCAUGGAACCAUGGAAUGGUUUGGGUGGCAAGGGGCCUCAUGUGCCACCCCCUGCCAGGGCAGGGACACCUUCCACUAGCCCAGGCUGCUCCAAGCCCUGUCUAGCCUGGCUCUGGACACUGCCAGGGAUCCAGGGGCAGCCCCAGCUGCUCUGGGCACCUGUGCCAGGGCCUGCCCACCCUCACAGGGAACAAUUCCUUCCAAUAUCUAACCCACACCUACAUUCUUCCAAUUUGAAGCCAUUCCCUGACGCUGUUGAGUCAGAGAUGGAAAGAAAGGCUCCAGUCUUCAGGUAGAAGGCUCAGGAAGAAUCUUUGUUAGCAAGAAGCAGCGAGUGUUAUAGUCUCACUAUAGAAAACAUCUCCCCUUAUUGGUGACUAUGAAUAGCACACUGUGAAGAACCAUGACUAUAAACAGUGGUUACAGAAAGAGA